UUUUAGAGGAAACCCACACACAUUGUUUUUUUCCUGUCCCCAGGGGACAGGGUCCUUCUAUCUGGCAGGCAAAAUUUGUGGACAGUUUUUUCAUCUCUCACUGCUCUUGUGUUUUUAUGAAGAGACUAGAAACCAAUGAGAGAGGCUGCCCAGGAGAGGAGGGAGGAUUGCCCCAAGACCCUCUGCAGACCUGGCCAGAUAGUCUAGGACCUACCAGAACAAAAUGGAAGGGCUUCCGAAGGCCGAAGAAGGUACCUUCCCUGCAGGCCGGGGAGACGGCGUCGUAACCCCAGGAUCAUCACCGUUGAGGAUCAUCCUGGUGGGCAAAACAGGCUGCGGGAAAAGCGCCACUGGGAACAGCAUCCUGCGCCAGCCAGUGUUUGAGUCCAAGCUGGCGGCCCAGCCGGUGACCAGGGCGUGCCAGGCGGAGAUGGGCACAUGGCACGGGAGGAACAUCCUGGUGGUGGAUACACCCUCCAUCUUUGAGGCCCAGGCCCAGGACACGUGCAAGGACAUCGGGGACUGCUACCUGCUCUCGGCCCCGGGGCCCCACGUGCUGCUCCUGGUGACCCAGCUGGGGCGUUUCACGGCCCAGGACACGGCGGCCGUGAGGAGGGUGAAGGAGGUGUUUGGGGCAGGGGCCAUGAGACACGCGGUCAUCCUCUUCACCCACAAGGAGGACCUGGGGGGCGAGCCCCUGAGCGACUACGUGGCGGGCACGGACAACCGCAGCCUGCAGGGGCUGGUGCGGGAGUGCGGGAGGCGGUACUGCGGCUUCAACAACCGGGCGGGCGGCCAGGAGCAGGAGUGGCAGCUGGCGGAGCUCAUGGCCCUGGUGGAGAGGCUGCAGCGGGAGUGCGAGGGCUCCUUCCACACCAACGGCCUCUUCCUCGAGGCCCAGAUGCUCCGGCGACGCAGGGACGGUGCCUGCCACGAAGACCAUGGAGCCUACGGGCAGUACCUGGCCAAGGUGAAGCAGCAGGUGGAGAAGCACAAGCGGGAGCUGAGGGAGGAGGAGAGGAACUGGGUGUGCAAGGCGCUCCUCAGGGUCGAACACUGGGUGGCUUUGCAUUAUGAGACUUGGUUCGUUGUUGUUUGGUGCAGCUUACUAAUUAUUCUUAUUUUCCUAAUCAUCUUUCACCAUCUUUAAUGCUUUGUAUUUUAGAGCAUUUCUGAAGUAUCACCUCCUGGCUUCAUUGUUCUAAGCCAGACGUCCUCAAACUACGGCCCUCGGGCCACAUGCGGGUGUUUUUGCCCG